AUGGGUGUUAGAGGUACCGAUGACUAUCUCACGGCACGGGCGGCCAACCCAAGGACCGGGCUGAUCAGCCCGAGUGUCGUGACCAACCUCACUCCUCGAACGCCCAUGUCCCCGGCCGAAGCACUCUCAUUAUUUGGAAACGAUUAUGCACCACCCCAUGACUCCUCCCCCAAAGCUCGAAUGCCCGAGGAGCCGCGCACUACAACCCCAAGACCGAGACCAGCAGGUCCAAGAGGCCGGUGGCGUCAAGACUCGACGGGAUGGAACAUGGAACCAGACACGGAAGUCGGAUCUCCCAGGACCAAUACCGCCAACUCAUCAGCCACAAGAGCUGACUUUAAUGCAAGCGAGGACAGCUUUGUGAUUCCUAUGCCGACGGCGAAAGACCCACAGCCGUAUCAACAAGCAGACCAAGACAAGGCUGUGCAGUAUUACAAGGACAAAGCACUACGCCUGUCACACAAAGAGGGAAUGAAUGGCAGGAUGCAUAGUAUUGGUGCUGGACCACGCAAGUUUGCUCAAGCCACCAAGGCCCUGCGAGACUUUAGCAAUCCUCGCUCUGCAACGCCUAGCGAGCAGGACCCUGCCGGACGAAAAGAAAAGGCAGCUGAAUCUUCACCACCAACAUCUGCUUUCCCUGAGUUCUGCGAGUCUCCACGUUCUGACCGCAGAUCCAUGUGCUCGCCGGCUCCCGGCUACGAGCGCAGAGAUUCUGGCGUGAGCGUACCAAACCCGACCUCUACACGAGAAAAGCAACAUUCUCCUAGUCAGAGUCCUACUCUUGGAGGGGCUGAGCGCGCGCGGUCCAACUCCAACACUUCUCGUUUCCAAGAUCUGCGACAGCUGCCUAGAGUCCGUGUCGUUCAUCCAGACGGCCAAGCUGUAAAGGGACGACAUGAGAAGACUGCACCAGUGCCCCGCGAGUAUACAUCUACUCCGCCUCCACCUUACUUGAGUCACUCGAGCACGAGCACUGUCUCUGGGACUUCGGUGGCCGAAACGUUAUCUCCUCUCGAGACCCAAUUAGUCGGAUUCCUUGCAUGGGCGAUCAACCAAGUGUUUUGCAAAUCAACAUCUUCAACACGUGAUGGAUCCUCACAAGGCCUUCAUAUUGGCCUCACUCAAGCUAUCCACAUCUUAUCUGAUUCGGCCUCCAAGCCCAUCGAGCGGUGGCAGGCAAUCAAAGCUUUGGCGUUUAUGGCUGUGCGGGCAAUCAUGAUAUUGUGCUGUCUAGCGAUUGUCGUGCGCAUCGGAGCAGCUGUCGGAAGAGUGCUGGCGGUGAUGCUCUGGCCUGUCAGUAUAGUCUGGGUGGUUGUGAAGUGGAUGCUAGGGCUAGGAUGA